AUGGCGGGCGGAGACGCCGAGCCCACACUAAAUCGCGUCGAGGCUGUCGUAACUGCAAGCUCCGUCGCGUCAAACCAAGAUCUACAGCCAAAAUCGCUCGAUAAACCCAGCAAGGCUCAUCCGGAAGGCUCAUUCGGUGAAGUUGUUUUUAAUGUAAAACCCCGACCUCAAUCAAUAUUCCUCCUCCCCGCGACGGUAAUAGGAUCUGGCCAAGGGUCCUUCCAACUGGACGCAGAAAGUGUCGGUCGCUUAGAUCGCUUCCACCGGCGUACGGUCUACACAUUUGCUGGCAAUCAGCACUCCACCGUCUACCAGAAUCAUGUGACCAGCAUCGCCAUCGAGAACCCAUUCCUGAUGCAUGUCAUUCUGACUUUAACAGCGAGACAUGACCGUUUUCUGUCCUCGUCGAAAGAUAAUGCAAAGCGCUCUAUUGCCGAGGCAUACCACUGGUCACAAGGUGCCGCACUGCUAAACCAGAAGCUUUCAGCUCCAAUUAGGCCACAGGAUCGCGAUGCCCUUUGGGCUGCCGCUGCCAUCCUCGGACUCUUGAGCAUUGCCGAGAUUGAAGCCUCUACGCCCUGGGAAGCAUGGCCUCUUCGAUCCUCCGAGUCGUCUGAUUUACGCUGGAUGGAUAUGUCUCACGGCAAAGAGGCAAUAUGGAAAGCAACGGAUCCAAUGCGACCGGAUAGUAUCUUCCAUGUCAUGAGAGAUGACUAUCGUACUCUCAUGAGCAAGCCAGCACUGUGCGAAAUGCACGAUAUGCCAAAAGAGUUUGUCGAACUCUGUCACCUGGGCAGAACGGCAGAACCUACGCAGAAUCCCUACUUCACUGCCGUUUCCCUGUUGACUCGACUGUGGCAUCUGAAAUGCACCCAAGCCACAAUGACGAGGUAUAUGCAAUUCCUAGGUUUUAUGGACCCGGCAUUCAAGUCCUUGUUACACGAGAAAGACCCUCGGGCGCUCCUCAUUCUCGCUUAUUGGUACGGACCGAUGAGCGAGUCUCUGUGGUGGAUAGCCAGGCGGGCCAGAUUAGAAUGCCAAGCCAUCUGCUUAUACCUGGAGCUUUUUCACCCGCACGAGAAGGAUAUCCAGGUCUUGCUGGCGCGGCCUAAGGAGCAAUGUGGACUGCUUACCUAG